CCGCAGUAGCCUGACGCGCGAGAGGAGACGCUUGUUUAAAAUGAAUGCCUCCAAAUGAGUCUGUAUUCAUCACAGGGAGGACUAACAGUUUUAGGAGUUUUUCGACUAAUGCAAGUUCCGGCACCAUGUUCUACGGUUCCUCAUCUGCCAGCAUGUCUCUGCCUUCCAAGAACCGCUUAAAGCGUCAGAGUCGCACCUUUACACAGGUUCUGUACCGGACACUGAGUUAUCGUGACCGUCGAUCUGUGACUGACCUACCUGAGCAGGUGCGGGAUGAUCCGGCUGAGCUUUCCACACAGUCAUCCGCGCCAGGUGUGCUGAAGAUAUUUGGUGAUGAUAUUUGCGCUGGUGCGAACUACAAAAGUGUUCUUGCUACACCUCGUUCCAGUGCGCAAGAGCUGAUCAAAGAGGCACUUGAGCGCUAUUCUCUAAAGAAGACCUCGGCCUGUAGCUAUGUGUUAUGUGACGUCAUUGGUCGGUUUGAGGGUCCAGAGCGACGGUGGAGGACCGAGUGCCUUCGGGCACUAGGGAACAACGAAAAGCCUCUUCUCCUGCAGGACUUGUGGAAGCCUAAGGAGGGGUACUCUCGCCGCUUUGAGCUGAGACGGAGAGCUGAGGUAGAGGAACUGGCAACAAAAGAAAAGGACACAGUUACUGCAGGGACCCACACAAACUCCCCUGUGCUGUCUUCAACCCUGAGUAGAGGCGGGCAUGGUAGAUGCCAUCGGAGUUCCCCUCGGGGCUGGCGUAUGUUACAGCCCAGUACAACUAUUGUAAAAGAUAUAAAUGCUCAAGCAAGGAAGUUGCAGAGAAACCGUGCUAAAGGAACAAUGACACUCCAGCAUGGCACGUCAUUUUGCCGCAGUCUCAGUGAAACCAGCCUUAACUUGGUUGGCCUGCCUGGCGAGGAACCUAAACGGUACUACUCCACCCUUCCAGGGCCAAUCAGAACACGCUCGGCACAAAACACUGAGAUCCGUAAAGAACGUGAUGGGGGUGGAGUUAAACACUCUCUUUACCAAUCACCACACUUGCUGCUCCUUCAAGGGUACAACCAACAGGAUUGCCUGGUUUACCUGUUGAACAAGGAGCAACACACAGUUGGUCAGGAAACAGCAUCAGCACGGCCAAAUAUCUGCCUGUCCUCUCCAGAUGUACUCCCACUUCACUGCCGAAUACGUCGGGCUCCACAACGGCGCUCUUCCUCAGAUCAGCGAUUACUUCUAGAACCCGUUACCCAUGGCAAUGUGCUGGUUAACUUCAUGCGCAUUGAGCGGCCCACUCCACUACGUCAUGGUGAUUUACUGUCCUUUGGCGCUCAUUACAUCUUCCUGUACAAAGACCCACUGAGUGCAAAACCUCUACCUGCCCAAACACUAACACGACUUCGGGCACUUGCAAGACUUUGUGAUGGUGAGUUGGGGGGUGUGCCUGAGAAGGGAGAGGCGUGUCGUAUGUGUGGGGCCGUAUUGAAUGAACCAGUGGCGUCUCGGCGCAGCUCAAAGGCUUCAAUUCGAAGUUCACAGAAACGAAAGCUUGUGCUGGAAUUUGAACGGGCUCACGAGGACGCGCUGGUGAACCGUGUGAUGACACUUAUUGAGCCGAGCGGGGAUGACCACAAGCUGACUCCAGCAUAUCUGCUUUGUCUAUGCAUCAAGCACUCAGCUAAUACAUUUCCACCUGGCAGCUUCGGUAAACUAUUGCUGAAAAUUUCCAAGAGGAUUCAAACCAUAGCAUGGGAGAAGACAAAGGAAUUGGCACAGAAGCAAGCUCAGCACCAGGAUCCUCCCUCCCUGUUUUUGCUCAGCAUAUCAGACCUAGUUCCUGAUCUUCAGUUCAUUUUCUUCUGGAUGUCCAAUGCCAUCGAAAUACUGUAUUUUAUUCAGCAGAAAUCACCCACAUAUAUGCAGACUAUUGAGCUCAUGGACAACAAAGCGGGAUCCAAAGAAUCACUUCUCUCAGCAACAAUAUCAGCUAACGAAGAAGCCAUGACCAUACUAGAGGAAGUGAUCAUGUACACCUUUCAGCAGUGUGUCUACUACAUCACUAAGACUUUGUACGUUGUGUUGCCCGGCCUGUUGGACUGCAACCCAUUUGGGGCAGAGCCUUCAUCGGAACAGUGUCGACGAGCGGUGGGAGUGUGUGUGUGUGCUGUGUGUGUGAUGCCGGAGGCUGUGCGGAGUGUGGUGAGUGUGUUUCAGACUACAUCAGAUCUGCUGCAGCAGUACCAGGUUCACACAGAGAUUCAGAGUCAAAUGUUCGCCUACCUCUUCUUCUUUACCAACGUCUCUCUCUUCAAUCAACUCAUCGAUAAAGGUCCUGCACGGGGUUGGUUUCAGCGUUCUCGGGUCUUGCAGAUCCAGGCUUGUGUGAAGAUGCUACUGGACUGGUCUAAAGGGGUGGGGCAUAAUCAUCUCGCUCAGAAAUUUUUCGCAAAAUUCUGCAGCACUGUGAGCAUCCUGGCCACGCCCCCACAACAACUCUCACAGAUGAGUUGGAAAGCUUUGUGUGCAGAACACCCCUCUCUGAAGCCUGUCCAGCUACACAGAAUCCUCACACAGUACCAGCUGAUGGCUGAACUGGGUCCUCUCCCAAUCUGGCAACCAAGCAGUGAAGAUGAAGCCUAUAUCUACAGAACAGUUGAUCUACUGGAAAGUUUUGAGAACCAUCCACCUAUUGUACUGCCGAGUGCUGGAUUUAAGGUGGACCUGGAGAGUGAUUGUGUGGAGGACAGUAUAUACCGCCAGCUACUUUAUGUUCGUCACUUUCUGUGGGGUCUACGCUCCAAGACCCAUCCUUCAAAUGGCUGCGCAGACAGGCAGGAAGCCCAGCGUGACCCUCCUCAACCUCACACCAGUCCACACCCAGCACCUCCUUUGCGUGGGGAGGGAGAGGGGGCUGGUGCCGAGGAACGACCCAGAGACAAACUGCCACAUAGCAUUCACUACAGAAAUGGAACAAGCAUCCGUUACGCCAACCAAACACAAGCAACAGACUCUUCCUGUAUACUGACUCCACCUAACACGCCCCUCUAUCCUGAGCACAUGUAUAUACACUCCAGUACACAGUCCAAUGCAACCCACUAUUCUGAGCAUGCUUCACAAGAGCACACACAUACACACUCUCACACAAAGUCCAAUGGUUGCAUGCGUUCCACUCCAGAGCACAAGAAAAUCAAUGGCUUUAUCAGCAAUGGCAUUGAAGGCCCUAUAAGUGGUUGUGGCUUUCCUUUCCCUGUCCCUGUCUCUCACAAUAUGGGCCCAAACUCUGAUGAUAUCUGUUCCGUCUUUGUAGUGGACCUGGAUAAAGGACCAUACGGCCUGGGAAUGGGACUUAUCGAUGGACUUCAUACCCCUCUGAACUCCCCUGGAAUCUACAUUAGGACACUGAUUCCAGAUGGACCAGCUGCUGCAGAUGGGCGACUUUGCAUUGGUGACAGAAUCCUGGCAGUGAAUGGGACCAGUCUCAUUGGAGCAGACUACCAGAGUGCUGUGGAUUUGAUUCGUUUGGGGGGAGGACGUCUCCGGUUUCUUGUCGCCAAAUCAGAUCUUGAAGUGUCUGACAAGAUCAGUGCCUCUUCCUGCUGAGAGAGAGGCUGCAAUUGUGACACACUACCUUGACGAAAUAUGAGGAGGACAGCGAGUCUUUCUUGCUGAGACUGGAGACAGGACAAUAAGCACACUAUAGGACCUCUCAGCGACUACAGCCCUGUACAACACUGCACUCUUUCCCCUUUAGAUUGACAGUUUGACAUCUCUGUCUUUACCUCAUUCACAAUUUGGUGUUGGUUCUUGAAUGUCAAUGAUAUUGAAGGGGAAUGUUUUUGGGCACGUAAUCUUGUUGAUACUGGAACAAAUUUGUUUUUUUUAAAUGAAAGUGCAAAUGAAAUUUUAACAUAGUGUGUUAAUUUCACCCUAAUAAUAAUAAUAAUAAUAAUAAUAAUAAUAAUAAAAGCAAGCAAACAAUUAAAACACACUAAACAUGAGAAACAUGGCAAUGGCCUCCAUAAAAGGCACAAAUGAGUUUUUUCCCCCUACAAAUAUCUUAUCUUUCAUGGUUCAUGGAAAAGGUUUGAGACAAAAACUAUUUGUCUAUGAUACUUCACAUUUUCCUAAUGGAUAAAAUCUCUACAAGUUCAAAGAUUGUCUUAUACAGAAUCAUUUCAAAUGAAUAGCAAACGGCUGGCUCAAAUCCUUGAUGGU